AGUAAACGAAAAGCUACAUCUGUACGAGGAAAUACAAGAUAGCUAGAAGGGUAUUAACUACAUCUUAAUAAUGAAAGCUGUUAUACUUGCAGCAGGAUAUGGUACAAGACUACAGAGAGAUAUCGAUAAUGAUACAACUGGAGAAUUUAAGCAUUUGCAAGGCGUUGCUAAGCCUUUGUUGCCCAUUGGCCGCUGCCCCCUAAUUUCUCACUGGGUCCGGACGCUGACUGAGAAUGAAUGUAUCGAUACAGUUUUUGUGGUUACCAAUGCGCGUUACCACGAAGCCUUCCAGAAAUGGGCUCAGGAGGUCCCUAAUGUUCGAGUCCUUAACGAUGGAACAAGAAACAAUGAGGAGCGGCUUGGUGCAGUUGCUUGCCUUCACCUGACAGUCAAGCACUUCGCAGUGAAUGACGAUAUCAUUGUGAUUGGAGGUGACACAUUGUUUAAAGAAGAUUUCAGCCUCAGAGCAUUUAUAGAGCGCUUCACUGAGGUCCAGAGGAAGGAUAAAGACAGUAGCCUGGUGCUCUCAUAUCAGUGCAAGGAUAAUGAAAUGUCAAAGUACGGCAUACUAGAGACGGAUUCAGACCUGAGAGUGCAGAGUAUGAAGGAGAAGCCUCUUCCUGCUGAAACGGACUCACGCAGUGCUUGUCCCUGUUUUUAUUUGUUUUCAAGAACAACCCUUCCCCUCUUGGAAACUUUCCUAAAAGAGAAAGAGACGGGACCAAUCGAACACAGGGAUGCACCAGGGAACUUCCUAUCAUGGCUUAUAUUAAGGAGAUCAGUUUAUGUCUAUAGGAUAUCAGGACGCUUUGAUGUAGGAAACCUCCUGUCUUACAAAGAAUGUGACAAUUACUUCAAAGAACAACUUAAAGAUCCUGAGGUUUAUUUAAUGUAGCAUUCAUUUGGCUCAAAACAAAGCUGGAUAGCAGUGUGCUGUUUGUAAGCCAAGUACUGCAUGGAGACAAAAGCACUAAAAUAUGAAUCGGAGCAGAGACUCCCAAACUACUGAAGAGAAACAGCACUGGAGAAUGGCAUUUUUAGAACACAUACAAAUAAAGAAUGAAUUUAAGUGUCCA